AUGGCGACCAUUCCUAUUGUCAUCAAGCACCAGGGCAAAAAGUACGAUGUCGAGCUGGACCCCUCGUCGAACGGGGAGAUGCUCAAGCUCCAACUCUUCUCUCUCACCGGCGUCGAACCUGAGCGACAGUCGGUCCUGAUCAAAGGUGGAAAGCUAAAAGACGAUACUGAGCUAUCCAAGCUCAAUGCCAAACCCGGCCAGAUCUUCACCAUGCUCGGUACCGCGUCUGGCGAGAGCAGUGCAGUCAACGCACCCGUCGAGAAACCGAAAUUCGUUGAGGAUAUGACCGAGGCUGAAGCCGCCGCUCAAGAAGGUGCUAUUCCAGCUGGCCUUCAGAAUCUCGGCAACACGUGUUAUCUAAACUCCACUCUGCAAGUUCUUCGCAGCAUACCUGAGAUGCAAGACUCGUUGCAGAUAUAUAAAGCCGAUAGGGCCACAGGCGUGAGCCUACAAGAUCUGAGCCGUCUCGGCCUUAGUGGCAUCAGCUCAAACAACGACCUGACUGCGCAACUCCGAGAUCUCUACAAACAAAUGUCCAAGACACAAGAAGGACUUCCACCCUUGGCAUUUCUAAACACUCUGCGUAAUGUCUAUCCUCAGUUUGCCCAGAAAGCAAAGAACGGGCAAGGGUUUGCCCAGCAAGAUGCCGAAGAGGCAUGGUCCCAGAUAAUUCACCAGUUGAGACAAAAGCUCAAGAUCACGGAUAAAAGCACUCAAGAACAAAAAGAUAUCGCAUUCAUUGAUCGAUACAUGGCCGGUUCAUUCCACUCCUCACUCGCACCGCCUCCAGAAGUUGGAGACAGCGAGCCAGUUGUGGAGUCAGACGACCCCUUCCUGAAAUUGGACUGUCAUAUUGACCAGUCAAUCAAUCAUUUACGAGACGGUAUCCUGGCGGCUUUGACCGAAGACAUCGAGAAGCACUCGCCGACACUGGAUCGAGAUGCCAAAUACAUCAAGACCUCUCGCAUAUCCCGGCUUCCCCAGUACCUGACCGUACACUUUGUUCGAUUCUUCUGGCGGAGAGACAUACAGAAGAAAACCAAGAUCAUGCGGAAAGUCACUUUCCCCGAAGAACUCGACAUCGUCGAAUUUUGCACAGAUGAUCUGAAGAAGCGGCUGAUUCCUGUUCGUGACAAGGUUCGUGAUAUUCGCAAGGAUGAGGUGGAUGUCGAGAGGGCCAGGAAGCGACAGAAGCUGGCUCACAAGCAGGAGGAAGAUCGAAAGCAUGAUGAAGCGACGAAGGGUGUAGAGGCUGCUCCUAUUGCAAAACUCCGUGAACAAAAGGAGAAAGAGGAAGGCAAGAAAAAGGAGCAAGGUGGCGAAAUGGAUGUUUAUAAAACAGAUGCAGAGUACGAGGCCGAACGAGCUGCUUCCAUCAAGCAAGCCAAAAAAGAACUUUACGCUCUCAUCGAUCCGGAACUUGCAGCAGACGAAGGGUCGAACAAAUCAGGAUUGUACGAGCUCCGAGGCGUCAUUACUCACCAAGGCGCAAGCGCUGACAGCGGCCAUUACACCAGUUUUGUCAAGAAGCAAGGCAAGCUGGUAGAUGAUCCCAAAGCGCCUGGGGGCAAGCGCAGAGAAGAGGAUGGCAAAUGGUGGUGGUUCAAUGACGACAAAGUCAGCGAAGUCGAUUCGGACAGGAUCAUGUCUCUCUCUGGUGGCGGCGAGAGCGCUUCUGCACUCAUUCUGCUUUACCGAGCCAUCGAUCUACCCACCGUGGAUGAGAUUGACGAGUAG